CGGCUCCGCGUCGACGGCUGUGGACGGCUGUAAUGCAAUGGUAGAGCAUUCUGGAUGGAUUGCUGAGCCACACAGAACUGAAGAACUGAGGUAGCUUCUGAUAACAGGAUUCUGCUUUACUCCUACCUCCUUAGUAUGGGCAUAUCAUUUCUUGUUUGCUUCACUCUUGGACUGUUGCCCAUAAGAAUCACUGGGAAGGCUUGGCAAUGCCAACGUAUCUCCUAUAACUUGACCCGAGAUUAUACAGUGAAAUAUGACUUCCCUACAUUCAGAGCUACGUCUUCGAUCCAGAAUAUAGUUACCUAUGAGCCUGGUAAUGUUAUCUUUGUUGCAGUUCGGAAUAAGAUUUACACAUUGAACUCGGAACUGAAAAUUCUGUCUACUCUAGUAACUGGGCCCUGGGGGAGUACUGAGUGUGAGAUCUGUGCUCUCUGUCCAGUGAAAGGGCCGGUGGCUUUUCAAAACACAGACAACAAAGUUUUGGUGAUGGAUCCUUUUGAACCUUGGCUUUAUAGCUGUGGAAGUUCUCAACAUGGUAUCUGUUUCCAACAUAAGAUUGAGAUACAGGGUGACGUUGUUUUGCUUGGGGAAACCUCCUGUUUGUAUUCACCUGAGCAGAACACGCCUUCUGAGUGUCCAGACUGUGUGGCCAGUCCCUUAGGCACAAGAGUUGUAGUUGUUGAUAUGGCAUCGGCUUCAUACUUUUAUAUUGCAUCUACCAUCGACGCCACCAUAGCAGACACAUACAGCCCCAAAUCAGUGUCAAUACGGAGACCGAAGAGUACUUUGAAUGGGUUUGCUUAUCCUUUCCACUCCUUAACUGUGCUGGCACAGUAUCAAAACACAUACCCUAUUCACUAUGUGUAUUCCUUUAAAUACCGGCAGUUUGUCUAUUUUUUGACAGUCCAAAGGGAAGAUCUUUCUUCCAAUUCAUACCACACUAGGAUAGUGCGGCUUAGCACUGAAGAGAUGGAGGUUCGCAAGUACCGAGAGCUGAAUUUGGACUGUCGCAUUCAAUCUAAGCGGAAGAGGAGCCUUCGCAUGAUGCCUAAAGAUGUAGUUUUUAAUGUCUUGCAGGCAGCUCAUGCUACCAAUCCUGGUUCCAAGUUGGCUCAAGCAAUCGGCACCAGUGAAACAGAACUGGUUCUCUUUGGUGCAUUUGCUGAAAGCCAGGUGGACAGCAUAUUGCCCCAGAAGUACUCAGGAGUUUGUGCUUUUCCUCUACCUAUGAUCAACAAAGCUAUUGAAACAGGGAUGACGAAGUGCUGCAGUCUGGAUGUUCAUGACAAGAUGCUUCGAGGACUAACAUUUUAUCAAGAUAUUGAGUACUGCCCACAUAACAUGAAUUUCUCAGCCCCAGUGGUGGACGUCAGCUGCUUGAAGAAACCUACUUUUAUUGCCAUGGAUGGUUUCAAAUUGGAUCUUCUGCAAGGACGAAUGUCUGAUGUAUUGCUAACCUCUAUCUUUGUAACUGCAAUAGGAGAACUUACUGUGGCUCAUUUAGGCACAUCUGAAGGACGUGUUUUACAGAUGGUUCUUGAUGGAUCCAGUUUCUACAAAGCUGAAAUGGCCAACUUCUCUUUGGGAGAGAAACUGCCAGUCCUGAGAGAAAUUGGCAGGCUGCAUCACUCUUUGUUCUUUGCCACAGGAAAUGAGGUAUUCCAGGUAAACCAAACUGGUCCAGGCUGCCUGCAUUUCCUAACAUGCCUCAGCUGCCUGAAAGCAGAGCGUUUCAUGCAGUGUGGCUGGUGUGGAGAUUCAUGUACUCGUCAGGAGGAAUGCAAGAAACGGUGGAAUCAAGAGAGCUGCCCUCCAGUCCUCACUGAUUUUCAUCCCAGAAACGCACCUCUGUAUGGCAGCACCAAGCUGACUCUCUGCGGCAAGGGGUUUCAAUCUCGUCCAUAUUUCUCUGGCACUGCUGGCUCACGCCCAAGCCCUGGGGACUACUUGAUUACAGUAGGACAGAAGACCUGCUCGGUGCUACUUGAAGAGAGCUUAGCAAACCGGUAUAGCGAAGUGCCAAAGUGGAAGGAUUUCGCUGAAGUUCUUGUCUGCACAUUGUCACCAAAGGGGAUUGAGAAGAUCAUGGAACCACAACAGAUUAAUCUGACCAUUAUAGAAGCUAAAGCAAGCCCAUUUUACAUCACUGGCUCCUCAAUCCUCAGUGGCUUUAUAUUUAUGCAGCCAAACAUAACUUCUAUUCACCCUGCCUAUGGUCCAAUGGCUGGAGGAACAGAGAUCUUUAUCCGAGGACAAAACCUUUUUGUGGGAGGCACACGGAAAGUGAUGAUUAAUAACCUAGAAUGUCCUGUGGACAGUGAGAAAAGCCAGAGAGAGGAGGCCAUAAUUUGUACCACCCCACCUUCAAGCAACUUGAUCAAUGCAUCUGUGUUUUUAAUAAUAGAUGAAGAGCGAUUUCUUUCUCCUCAGCCUUUCUGGUAUCGAGAAGACCCCCAGAUAUACGAUAUUUCUCCCAACUGCAGUUAUGAGGGCUCCAAUAUCUACAUCUAUGGUGCCAAUUUGGAUUCAGUGUAUAACAUGAGGCUGCAAUUUGAGUCUGCUGGAGUACAAAGCAAAGCUAAAGUAUGUGGAAGGCCACUGUCCACAGAUAUAUUGGUGUGUCAAAGUCCUGAUUAUCCAUCUGGAAAUAAAGUGGGACAUAUUGAUGGGAACCUGAGGGUCUUGAUGGAUGGAGUUCUGGGGCAGAAGACAUUUCGUAUCCGCUACUACCCUAAGCCGGUCAUUGAUCUCUUUGAAAAUCACAUUUAUGAACUCCAACAAGGAGAGGACAAGAUUGAAAUCACUCAUAAGGGACUGGAUGCUCUGGCAGACUGCAUGAACAUUUCUAUGUCAGUAGCUGGUACAGAUUGCUACCUCACUAUACUGAAGGAUCAGGUGACCUGCCAAAUACCCAACAUCCCUGGGGAUCGUUUGCCAGUACAGAUCUGUGUGAAUGGAAACUGCAUAGACUUAGGAUAUGUGGUUGUAAUCCCCAUGAUGUCUCCUCUCGCUAUUGUAUUCGGAGCUGUCAUAGGCAUUCUGUUCCUUUCCGGUUCGGUGUUUCUAUCUUUGAAAUAUAUUCAACGGAAGAAGAAGGGAGGAACUGAGAAUUUAGAAAGGCUUUCUAGCUUCAACAGGGACACAAUCGGAAUUCCUCUUCUUCCUUCUAACACUGGAUAUGUGGCUUCUUCUGAGACCCCAAACAGAGGCUCUUCUGGAGUGAGAUUUGGAAGCACCUCCUACACAGGCAGCAGUGAUGGUUCUGCUAUGCCUUUCAUGCGAGUGCCUUCAUACUCUAUAAACAAUUUUCGGCCAGAAUUGUUGGAAGAAGUGAAAGAUGUCCUCAUUCCAGAAAAGGAGCUCAUUUUGUACACAGAUCAGAUCAUUGGGAAAGGGCAUUUUGGGAGUGUUUACCAUGGAACUUACAUAGAUUCAUCCCAGAGAGAGAUUCGGUGUGCUGUUAAAUCCUUAAACCGAAUUACUGACUUGGAGGAAGUGGAAGAAUUCCUGAAGGAAGGGAUUCUGAUGAAGAGCUUCCAUCACCUCCAUGUCCUUUCUCUCAUUGGGAUCACCUUGCCUAAGGAGGGUCUCCCUCUGGUGGUUCUACCUUAUAUGAAGCACGGAGAUCUCCGACAUUUUAUCCGUUCGGAGCAGAGGAACCCCACUGUGAAGGAUUUAAUAGGUUUUGGGCUACAAGUGGCUCAGGGGAUGGAGUAUCUGGCCCAGAAGAAGUUUGUGCACAGAGAUCUUGCAGCUAGAAACUGCAUGCUUGAUGAGACUUAUACAGUGAAAGUGGCAGACUUUGGGCUGGCCAGAGAUAUCUUUGACAAGGAAUAUUACAGCAUCCGGCAACACCGCAGGGCAAAGCUGCCUGUCAAAUGGAUGGCCCUUGAGAGCCUGAAAAUUCAAAAAUUUACCACCAAGUCAGAUGUAUGGUCCUUCGGGGUCCUCAUGUGGGAACUGAUGACACGAGGGGCUUCUCCAUAUCCUGAGGUGGAUCCCUAUGAUAUUACCUGCUACCUAUUGCAAGGAAGAAGGUUGCCCCAGCCUGAGUACUGCCCAGAUUCUCUGUAUACUAUAAUGCUUAACUGCUGGACACCAAAUCCUGAGGAGCGGCCAACUUUUUCCAGCCUGAUCAAAGAAGUGGAGCAUAUUGUAGCCUGUCUAAAGGGAGACCAUUACAUUAACCUCAACGUCACUUAUGUCAAUCUUGAUCACGGCCAUCCCUUUCCCCCUUUAAUCAGUCGGGAAGAAGAAUUUGAUUCCAAUGGAUUGAGUGAGGAAGAGGAUGCUUCUGUGUGUUAAGUUAGGGGUCCCC